AUGAGCCGAAUGUUAAAUUUCGUCUCUCGCAGAUCAGCCAAAAUUGAGGAGCUACCUUUCAUAUCCGCCGAGGGGGUCAAGCAGCAGAAUGGAAAAGAAAACUCUAAAUUAUGGCUUGUUAUUGAUGAUAUAGUCUAUGAUUGUUCGACCUUUGCCCGUCAACAUCCUGGCGGGGAGGCGGUCCUUAAAAACUUCGGAGGUAAAGAUUGCUCUUGGCAAUAUCACAAAAUCCAUGGCAUGAACUCCAACAAAGCAAACAAGUUGCUGCCCAAGCUCAGGAUUGGCAGGACGAAAGCUGUGGAAAACCCAUACGAUAAGCCUAAAACAGACCAUGUUGAAUUCAUAAGAGUUUCCACUGGAUAUAAUUAA